GACCGAUCACGGUCCAUCUCGCCAAUUAUUAUUAUUGAAGAAGAACAGUCAGAUUAUAAAAAAAUAACACCGAACAUCAAUCGACACAAACAUGUCCCGUAUAAAAAUGGAGUGCGAUCCGAUGACCUCGCUUCGUCAUCGACUCGGCAAGGAGCUUGUCUGCAUCGAAUAUCCCGGCGUAGUGCGAAAUCCGGACCGGAUGAUGGCAUCGCUCGGAGGAGCCGCGAACUUAGUACAGCAAUCUGUGCGGAAAAACGUCGUCUAGAGCUGAGAUUCCGUCCGGAAUCGAUCUACUCGAAGCCGGCUUUCGGAGAUCGCCACAACAAAACUGGAUUAGUUCUGAGGAUAAGGACACGUCGUAAGCGUAGCCAGCCGAACGAGGUGGAGAUCCGGUCGUUGGAGAUUGCAGUCGAGUCGGCCUGGUAUUUAGAUUCGAGAGCAUGUGUGACUUCCAGUUGUUGCCGGCCUUUCGGAAUAAAUCGGAAGGAUCUGAAGGCAUUCCGUACUUUUUGCCCCCAAUCACAUUCAGUCGCUUUGACACGGCCCCAGUUGAGCAUCUUCAAGGCGAAGGACAUUCUUGCCGAUAUGAUGGGAGCAACGGAGAAGGAGCGCGCGAAAAGGACUAAGCACGGAAUUUAUGUGUCCUUUAAUUUGCUGGAUCCUCUUCCAACCGAAGCCAAUGCCUUAGCAUUGGAAACUAUCAAGAGCCGGAACGUCCGACAGGAAGUGAUUGCAAUGGUCACGAAGAAAAUUCGAGGAACGUCCAAUCUGGACCAAGACUGCCUCAAAGGAAGCCUCCAGUUGAGGCGAGGACGACAUCCGUUUACUUGCUCCCCAAGCUUGGCCUUCUAUUUCGUAAAUGGACCAUGGCGUGGAACGUGGGUCCGUUUCGGGUACGAUCCGCGAAAAUGGUUCGAAUCUCGCUACUAUAGUUGCUGGAUUUCCGUGUCCCGAGCCGUUGGCGCCAUGCACGACAAGGUCAAAGUUAAACGGACCCAAAAUCCGGUGCGCCCUUGUAUGCGUUUCUCCAAUCCGGCUCGAACAAUCGUGACCCGAGCAAACCGAGCGUCAAUCGGACCGCGGGCCAAGCAAAGCGAUUACGUUUUUACCCCGGACACAUUGCCACAGGUGAGAAUCAUCUUCUACCAGUACUGUGACGUAAAGGUGCCCAGAAUUCAAGCAAAUGCUGAGAAGAUCCCAACGCCGCUGAUGGGAGCGGCUUGCAACGAAAAGACCGGAUGGUUGCCGCCGAGAUUCGACGAACAGUGUCGAGACAUUUUGACGGAGAUUGUCCUGACCAAUUUCAAGGAGAAGAAGGGUGACGAUCGGCCAGCACCAGUGCCAGCGAGUUCGAGACGGGGGAUGAGACUUCGAUGACCUAUGACGAGGAGGAAGACACUGAUAUUGAAAUUGGGGCGGAGAAGUUCAUGAAAAGUACGUUUAAGUAGAAUGGAAGAAAUAAAUUAAUAAUCGUUCGCGAA